AAUUAUACUGGGAGCGAAAAUGACCUGAUGCUACUACAGCUUAAGACGCCACUUAAAUUUGGGUCUGCAAUAAACAAAAUCGACCUGGACACGGAUAUAGGAAAAAAUUAUACUGGUGAAGUGUGCACAAUAUCUGGAUGGGGAAAAACAAAUUCUAGUGAUGGAAAAAAUAAACCUGAUCGUCUGCAAGUAGUGUCAAUGUCUGUUGUCACUAAUGACCACUGUCACACUGGCUAUUUAGAUAUAUUUCCAGACAAGUUUGUGAACAAAAUAUGUCUUCAGGAGGGUGAAAAGGAUUCGUGUAAUGAGGAUAGUGGCGGACCUAUGGUUUGCAGUAAAAAGCUUGUAGGAAUACUAAAUUUCGGUAUUGCCCCUUGCAACGGAAGGAUUCCAAGUAUUUAUGCCAGAGUCUCUGCUUAUACAGACUGGAUUAAAGAAAAAAUAAAAAAUAAAAAAAAGAAGAAUAAAAAAGAUCAGAAGAGCAAGAACAAUCAGAAGAAUAAAAAAGAUAAGAAAAGCAAGAACAAUAGGAACAACAAGAAUGAAAAUAAAACUAACAAAAAAAACAACAGAAACUGA